UUGGAAUGCGUUGCCGACGAAGCCAGCCCCGCGAAACACCAGACACGUCAGGGAGCGUGGAGUGCUCUUCUCCCACGUACUCCGCUCCCCCGUCUCUCAAUCUUCGCGCCAAACAGCUUACGACGACUUCGCAGGCAGAAACCAGCGAUUCCGCAACGUAGCAUCAACGAUUCUGCACACGCUGUCCUGAUUGCUAGGCACCCGCGGGGCUGCGCAAGACGUCACCGAUAACAAGCUCGUAGCUCCCCGAAGCAGCGACGCCCAACCUCCGGAAACCACCAUACUUACCACAACUUCACUGCGCCAACGAGAAUCAAGCAUGGCGUCCUUCCUCACCUUCUUCGAGCAACUCUGGCAAUCCAUCUUCACGCCCGGCCCCACGCCCACCCUGCUCGUCGCAACAAACGCCUCCUUCGCCGCCCUCCAGCUCCUGCUCUUCGCGCUCCUCCUCGCGACCCACAGCAUACACUUUGUCAUCCUCUCUGGUCUGACCGCCGGCCUCUGGUGGGCGAUUAAUUGGUUCGCGGGCGAGAUCCGCGCCGCGCAGGCGAAGGAGGAGGAGGCGAAGCGCAUCCGCGAGGCGCGGCGCGAGAAGGAGAAGGAGAAGAAGACGCGGGGUGCGGGCAGCGAGGUCGAGGCUAUGGACUCGGGGGACGAUACCGAGGUGGAGACCGAGGUGGAGGAGAAACAGAGAGUGAAGCCGAAGCCGAAGCCGAAGCCGAAGAGUGCGCCGCGCCCCGAGACGCAGAGUACGGUGUUUGUGGAGAGGCCGCCCGUGGAGGGUGCUGGUGGUGGUGGCAGGGGAAGCACACCGGUUCAGACGAGCGCUGGGCCGGCGGCGGCGAGCACGACGGGCGCGACUACGAAGUUAGCGCCUAUAGUGGAUGAUGCCGUCAAGAGGAGGAGGAGCAUGGGAGAGUCGACGGGGGAAUUGAGCACGGAUAGUGAGUGGGAGAAGUUGUCGCAGGACUCUGGAGAUAGAUGAUGGACUGCUGCUGCUACUACAUCUUGAUAUGGAUACCCCCAAGCAGAAGUCUUGCUAGAUGGUUGUUGCUUUUACCAGCUUUUGAUAUCUAUUCACAAUGUUAGACGGCUACGCAAGUUCAAGUAUUGCAAUUGAGAGUCCUAGUUCGCCUGGUUGAACACGUGACGGCGCGGCCACCCAGGUGUACGACUUGACUUUGUAGUGCAAGAGCUGC